GGCUGCGCUAGGAGGUCGUGCAGGCAGGAGACCUCAGUCGGAAGGGAGGGAGCGGCAGCAUCCAGGGGACAACAUGCCAACUGCCAAGCAACUAGCCGACAUUGGCUACAAGACCUUCUCCACCUCCAUGAUGCUCCUCACUGUUUAUGGGGGCUACCUCUGCAGUGCCCGAGUCUACCACUAUUUCCAGCAGCGCAGCUCCCAGCGCCAGGCUGCAGAAGAACAGAAGACCUCGGGAGUCCCGUAGAACUGGGGGGCUUUUUUCCUUGAGCAGAGAGACCUGAGGCAUGUUGUGGAAAGACCUCACCUGCAAUCAUUUCUGAGUCAAAAGGAUCAGGGCCUUAAUGGUUUUCAAACUCUGCUGGGAAAAAGUGCCCAUGUUUUCUCUGGUACAGUCAGUUUGGAGAGGCUAUUGAAUCAUAACAGGAAUGGGAGGGUGAGGCACACCUA